GAUAAAAUGCGCGUUGCGGUCACUCUGCUAGUCAGUCCAAAUUGUCCCAAUCACGAUGGAGAACCAAACUAUCCAACGUCCCGCAGGUUGUGAAUACCCAAAGAUCUACAGAGAGUUCGAAGGGAAGCUGUUAAAGGAUGGCAAACGCCGGAAAUACUGGAUCCAGGAUCUCACCGAGGAAUACUUUGAGGAAGUCGUCAAGGGUUACACCGAAGGAUUCAUGCUUGACGAACCUCUAUGCAAAUACUCAAAAUGCGCCAACGAUCCAGCUUGCGUCGCCGAAUGGGCCAAAUUCUGGACGUUCUUCCUGAACGAGAAAAUAAGUUUGAUCUGUUUGACCAAAGACGAUGAGGGUAAAACUAGAAUAGCCGGAUACAACUGUCUUCAUGUAGCUCACAAUGUGGAAGAACACGAAGCAGAAACGGAAGGAGCGAGGAAGGUCUUGAAAGUCUUGCAAUAUGUCUGCGAUCAGAGGAACGCUUUUGAAGAAUUCAAGAUGGAUAAGUAUUUGUCCGCAAUGGGGCUUUACGUGCUUCCCGAAUUCAGAGGCGAAGGUCUUGGACAAGUUAUUUUGGACACAAGGCAAGAUUUGGGUAAACUCCUUGGCUUCAAAGCUAGUCUGACUGCUUACACUUCGUUCAUAUCUCAGAAGCAAGCAUAUAGAGCCGGAUUCAAAGAAUACGUGACCAUUUCAUACGCUGAUUUGGCCAAAGUCGACAAAGAUUUUCUCUUCCCCGGCAUCGAAGAGCACACCAAAGAUUUCAAGUAUAUGUACAUGUUGCUAGUCCAAAUUGGUCCAAUCGAGAUGGAGCACCAAACUAUACAACGUCCCGCAGGUACUGAAUACCCGAAGAUCUACAAAGAAUUCGAAGGGAAACUGUUAAGGAAUGGCAAACGUCAGAAAUACUGGAUCCAAGAUCUCACCGAGGAGUACUUCGAGGAAGUCGUCAAGGGUUACACCGAAGGAUUCUUAUAUGAUGAACCUCUGUGCAAAUACUCAAAAUGCGCCAACGAUCCAGCUUGUGUCGCCGAAUGGGCCAAAUUCUGGAUGUUAUUCCUGAGCGAGAAAAUGAGUUUGAUCUGUUUGGCCAAAGAUGAUGAGGGCAAAAUUAGAAUAGCCGGAUAUAACUGCCUUCAUGUAGCCCACAAAAUGGCAGAUUUCAAAGCAGAGACGGAAACAGCGAGGAAGCUGUUGAACAUGUUGAAAUAUGUCAGCGAUCAGAGGGACGCUUACGAAGAAUUCAAGAUGGAUAAGUAUUUGUCCGCAAUGGGGCUUUACGUGCUUCCUGAAUUCAGAGGCGAAGGUCUUGGACAAAUUAUUUUGGAUACAAGACAAUAUUUGGGUAAACUCCUUGGCUUUAAAGCCAGUCUAACUGCUUACACUUCGUGCAUAUCCCAGAAGCAAGCCUACAGAGCCGGAUUCAAAGAUUACGUAACCAUUUCAUACGAUGAUUUAGCCAAAGUCAACAAAGAUUACGCCUUGCCCGGCAUCGAGGAGCACACCAAAGAGUUCAAGUAUAUGUACAUGCUGUAUUGAUUAUCAUUUUAUGAUGCUAGAUUACUUUGUAAAUAAGUUAAUUCUAUUUAAAUAUUGUUUGUUAUUUUACUUAAAAAUAAUAUGAUCUUACUGUUAUAUUAUAAGCGCCCAAUUCCAGAAUACAUUGUUGUGUUCAACCAUUAUUAUUAACGAACUAGAUACAUCCACGAAGUCUUUUAUUCGCCUUAUAAUAUAAACAUAUACAUCAGCAUAAAGGAAUCUCCGAUUCGAUACAAUUUAAUAUAAA